GCUUAUUACAAUUCGCUCCCUCUUCUUCAAUUCCUUCCUCCAUAUACAUAUAUACACACACAUAUGUGAAUGUGUGCUGUGCGUGUUUUUUUUGUGUCUGUGUCGUCAUCAUACAUAGAUAACAAGCAAAAGACUCUGUCACAGAAUUUCUCACCAACACCAAAUAAACACACACAAAAAACACAGUAGCCCACACAAGAACACACUCAAAAACUCUUUGCUGCAUGCACAACCUAUACAUACAUACAUACAUAUUAUAAACACACACACACACACACACACACUGAGAAGUAUAAUCCAGACACUCAUGCAGAUAUGAAAACGGAUCUUCUGAAACUGCCCGUUUUCCUGAAACCACUAAUCCUCUCCCUCUUCCUCUUAUCUUUCUUAGCCUUCCUCUCCCUUCAAACCCCAUUUCUCUCUUCCAACAAAAUAUCCACCCACAACACCGCUGAGAAGCUCCCCCCGGAUCUCAAGAUCCGACCCGGAUACUCCUCCUACGAUGCGUACCUCCAUCGCCAGCUCAACAAGACCCUCAACCCCAAGCUCCGUCAAAUAUGGACAACCCGUGAUUGGGACCGAAAAGUCAGAGUCUUCUCCGAGUUUUUCGAGAGUCUGAAGCGACGACAACUCCUCUCCAACGGGUCCAAAUCCCUCUGCAUUGGAGCUCGGGUCGGGCAAGAAGUUGCGGCGUUGAAACGGGUCGGAGUCAAUGACUCCGUGGGGAUCGAUCUGGUGCCCUACCCUCCACUGGUCUUGAAGGGUGAUUUCCACCAUCAGCCCUUCAAUGACGGGACUUUUGAUUUCGAGUUCUCAAACGUGUUUGACCAUGCGCUGUAUCCAUGGCGAUUCGUGGGGGAGAUCGAACGGACGCUGAGGCGCGGUGGGGUCUGUGUUCUACACGUGUUGCUAUCGCGACGGGCGGAUAAGUUUUCGGCCAAUGAUUUGUACAGUGUGGAGGCUUUGAAGGAACUGUUCAAGAAUUCAGAGAUGGUUGAGGUAAGAAGAGUUGAUGGAUUUGGUCUGGAUACUGAGGUUGUCUUUAGGAAAAAAUAAUAAUUGAAAUUUUCUUUUUUUUUUUUUUUUGGUAUUCUUGAUUUAGUAGAUAUUACUCAUAGGAUGUUUUUAUUUAAAUUUAAUGCCCAUUAUUCUUUUUAUUUAAAAUUGUAAUUUUUCAUCUGAAAUAAAUCAUCAUUACUUGCUUAUUGAAAUUUAA